AUGGAAACAAAAAUAUGCCUCAGUGACCGCACGCCUGACACUGCCUUCAACAUCGUGGCUGACUUCGGAGGGGGGCACUUCAUCGCCCACUACCCUUUAUACCUCCAUGGUAUGCUGCGUCCUGGAGAGGAAAAGCCAUCAGGUCGUUGUAACUACUCCUGUGUCAUCGAGUGGAGUAAUUUUUCAUGCCGACGUCGCAGUAGAGGCCACUUUAUGUUCUGUGUGAGAGCCAGGGACAGGUCUCGUGAGAGGAUGAAGGACUGCUUUCCUGAUUCUGCCAUAGCAAAGGAAUUACACAUGAAAAGAACGAAAUGCCACAGUGUACGAAAGUCUGGCAAAAUGUUAUCAAGUAGAAUUGGCAGAAAACUAAAGAAAACAAAGUUUAGCAUAUUGGUGGACGAAUCAACAGACGUUUCAACCUUGCAAAACUUGUGCAUAAUGGUACGUUUUGCAGAUGUAAGUGAAGUCGUAAGCAGAUUUUGGAGUCUGGUGCCACGAUUCACUGCUGAAGAUCCAGGAGCAAUUGAGGGUGGAACGAGAAGAAUAUUUUCUGCAAUUAUGAAGACGCUAAGUGAUUUUGAUAUACGUGUUGCUAAUAUUAUUGGUUUUGGAUGUGAUGGGUGCAGCACAAUGAUGGGGGGGCAUAAUUCCGUAAGUAGCGGAUUCAAAGAAGUGUGUCCUGGGGUAUUUAUUAUGAAAUGUAUAUGUCACUCGGCACAUUUAUGUGCCUCUGAGGCAUGUAAAGAACUACCCAACAGUGUCGAACAGUUAGCAGAUAAUGUUCACAACAUACUAAGACAAUCAUCAAAGAGAUUAGCUCAGUUUUUCGGGUUUCAAGAAUUUGCUGACCCAGCCAAUGCUCUUUGGCACCAAGGAAUUCGCGAACAAAGUCUUGUUUCAAUGGCAAGCUCUUUACCUAGAAUUACUGAGCAAGAUGACGUGACUCUUCAGAAACUGGAUAAUGAGUGGAGAAGGCUUGGCAUGGACAGUUUUACCUGGAGAAGUAACUAG